UGGCGAGAGCUGCCCCUUCGCUCCGGAGUGACGCCGAAUUGCCGCGAUCGCUGGGGCCGGGGCCGGGCUUCCAGGGCUCGGGGGCCCCCUUCCCCUUCUAGCCUUACUCCGCCUUGAAUCUGGAGUCGCUCCGCUUCGCCUCAGGACGAGAAACCGGAGUCGAGGAGAAAGCGGCAACGCCUCGGCUGGAUCCGGAUUCGGCUUCUCUUGGACAUUUUUUUUUAAAUAUAGAUAGAUAGAUAUUCCUCCUUUGGAAGCCUUUCUCCUUCUCUCUUUCUUUCUUGCUCUCCUUCUGGGAAGGGAUCCUUUUCGCUUCCUUUCAUUUUUGGCUUUUCAAAAGUUUGGCUUUUGAAACGAAAAGGAAGAGGCAUUUAAAAGGAGGGGGAAAAAGACAGAAGGAAGGUAAGAAAAGCGGAGAGGAGGCACACUCUCUUUGCAAAAGCGAGAGAGCAAAGAAGAAGAAAAAGAAAGAGAGAGAAAGAGAGAGAGAGAGAGGAAGAGAGAGGAAGCGCUGGCUGGCAAGGAUUGGGCCCCCGUUUUGCUCUUAAAGAAGAACCUAUUUUGAUUUUGAAGUAUUUGGAAAAGAAGCCUUUGAAUUUGAAUCCGUCUUUUGGAAGAGUUCCAAAGUGGAUCGGGUCCUCCGAAGAAAGGGCCUCUUUUUUGGCUUGGAAUUGCAGUUGACUUGGAGCCUCGGAAGGAGGAGAAGACAAAAUCAAAAGUAAAGCAAUUCUCCCUUUGCAAAGGACUUCGAGUAUCUCUUUUUCCUUCUUCUUAGUUGGAAUAGACUUGGAACCGAGGAAGGAGGAGAAGAAAAAGUCAGAACUAAAGCAAUUCUUUUCCCGCAAAGGACUUCUUUUUAAUCCUUCUUGGUCGGAGUUGACUUGGAGCCUUGGAAAGAGAAGAAGAAAGAGGAAAAAGGCAAGUAAUUCCUCGCCUUCAAAGGACUUCUAGCAUCCUUUUCCCCCUCCUUUCGUGGCUGGAGUUGACUUGAAAGGAGAACAAGGAACAGGAAAGCAAUUCCUGGCCCUCAAAGGACUUCUGGUAUCCUUUUCCUACUUCUUCUCAGCUGGAAUAGACUUGGAGCCUUGGAAGGAGGAGGAGAAGAAAAGGUCAAAAGCAAACCAAUUCCUUGUCCUCAGAGGACUUCUAGUAUCUCUUUCUACUUUCUUCUUGGUUGGAGUUGGACUUGGAGCCUUGGAAGGAGAAGAAAAAGUCCAAAGCAAAGCAAUUUCUUGCCCCCAGAGGACUUCUAGUAUCUCGUUCACCUUCUUCUCGGUUGGACUUGAAGGAAAGGGGGGGGGAAAGGCCAUCGAAGGAGGGCAGAGAGUGGCUGUUGCCACGAUGCAAGCCCGUUACUCGGUGUCGGACCCCAACGCCUUGGGAGUGGUGCCUUACUUGAGCGAGCAGAACUACUACCGGGCGGCGGGGACUUAUGGGGCCAUGGCCGGGUCCAUGGGGGUCUUCUCGGGGCACCCGGAGCAGUACGGGGCCGGCAUGGGCCGCUCCUAUGGGCCUUACCACCCCCACCACCAACCCACCGCCCCAAAGGACUUGGUCAAGCCCCCUUACAGCUACAUCGCCUUGAUCACCAUGGCCAUCCAAAACGCCCCGGAGAAGAAGAUCACCUUGAACGGGAUCUACCAGUUCAUCAUGGACAGGUUCCCCUUUUACAGGGAGAACAAGCAAGGCUGGCAGAACUCCAUCCGACACAACCUGUCCCUCAACGAGUGCUUCGUGAAAGUGCCUCGAGAUGAUAAGAAACCCGGCAAAGGCAGCUACUGGACUUUGGACCCGGACUCUUACAACAUGUUCGAGAAUGGCUCCUUCCUCCGGCGGCGUCGGAGGUUCAAGAAGAAAGAUGCCACCAAGGAGAAAGAAGAACCGACUGGGAGGAAAGGAGGAGGAGGAGGAACGGGAGGAGAAGCCACCUCCAAAAGUGGAGCCACGGAGUUGAGCAACUCUAGAGACCCACCGCCACCACCACCCAACAACAGCAACCAUCAUCACCACCACCAUCAUGCCCAUCAUCCUGGCGCCUCCUCGGCUACCUCUUUGGAGAAGAAAGUGGUUAUCAAAAGCGAAGCGUCCUCUUCCCCAGAGCUGCCAGUCAUCACCAAAGUGGAGACCCUCAGCCCUGAAGAUAAUAAUGGUGAUGCUGGUGGUGAUGCUGGUGGUCUCCAAGACAGCCCUGGAAGCCUGGCCUCCACUCCGUCGGGGUCUACGGAGAACUCCCUGCCCAGCGAGGCCCAUCCUGGGCCCCACUCCCACCAGCACCCCCCAGGCCCUCCUUCCAAUGGCCUCUCCUCCGGUUUCAGCGUGGAGAACAUCAUGACUUUGAGGAGCUCCCCGUCCGCCGAGUUGAGCCCCGUCGGGAGGACCUCGGGCUUGGUCUCCUUGGGUUACAGCCAAGCCCCCAACGCCGCCCCUAACCCCCUUUACAGCCAGGCUUGCAGCUUGGGGGGCUUGGGGGAAGCCGGGCCCAGCUACCAAUGCAGCAUGAGGGCCAUGAGUUUGUACACCGGGGAGAGGAGUGCUCCUCACAUGUGCGUCUCGGCGGCCACUUUGGAGGAGGGCAGCUCCAUCUCCGAACAGCACUCUCCAGCCUUGAAUUUGCAGCAGACCCAGACCCAGCAGCAAGCAGAGAACAACCCUCACCAUCACCACCAUCAUCCCCAGCACCACCAUCAGCACCAUCAUCCCCAUCACCAUCAAGGAGGGGGAGGAGGAGGAGGAGGGGGAGGAGGAGGAGGACAAGCAGUAGCAGCGGCGGCAGCGGCAGCCUGGUACUUGAACCACUCCUCGGACCUCAGCUCCCACCUCUCCGGCCACGGCUUCCCCGGGCAGCAGCAGGGCUUCCCUCCGGUCCGGGAGAUGUUCAGCCCGCAUCGCCUGGGGCUGGAGGCCUCCGCGGCGGCCCUCGGAGAAGCCCAAGGAGGCAGCAGCCCCGGCCCCAACGCCAACACCGCCAACGCCUGCCAGCUGCCCUACCGAGCAGCCCCCGCAGCCCUCUACAGGCAAUACUCCUACGACUGCGCCAAGUACUGAGGCUUCCUCCCGGAUGGACCAGGGAGGCAUCCCGUGUCGAUCCCGUGUUGAUCCUACAUGGACCAGAUCUUCAUCCCAUAUUGAACCCAUGUUGACCAGGUAUUCAUCCUGCAUGGACCCUGCAUUGACCAGGUAGUCAUCCCCUAUGGAUCUCACACCGACCAGGUAGUCAUCCCGUAUUGGUCCCUUAUUGAUCCUGCAUGGACCAGGUGUUGAUUCCAUAUUGAUUAGGUGUUGAUCCCAUAUAGGUCAGGUGUUGAUCUCAUAUUGACCAGAUGCUCAUCCCAUAUUGAUCCCACAUAGACCAGGUAUUCAUCUCAUAUUGACCCCACAUUGAUCCCAUCUUGGCCAGGUAUUUGUCCCGUAUUUGUCCCAUAACGACCAAAUAUUCACCCCAUAUCGAUCCCAUACUAAUCACUUUUUCAUCCCAUAAUGACCAGGUAUUCAUUGCAUAUUGAUCCCACAUUGACCAGAUUGAUCCUAUAUCAAUCACAUACUGACCAGGUAUUCACCCCAUGUUGAUCCCAUACUAAUCAGUGUUUCAUCCCAUAUGGAACCCAUAAUGACCAGGUAUUCAUCCCAUCUUGGCCAGGUAUUCAUCCCAUAUUGAUCCCACAUUGACCAGAUUGAUCCUAUAUCAAUCACAUAUUGACCAGGUAUUCAUCCCACAUGGACCCCAUAUUGACCGUAUUGAUCCCAUAUUGACCAGGUAUUCAUCCCAUAUUAAGCCCACAUUGUUCCCUUAUCGACCCCAUAUGGAUCAGGUAUGGAUCCCAUGUCGGUUCGAUAUUGAUUUAAUAUCAAUUCGAUAUGGACCUGAUCCUAAUCGCAGGCAGACAGAAGAGAAACAGGUCGCUGUCAGGAAUGCCUCAUGGCUCCAGACAGCCAAAGAGAAGCAGGUCUUUGCAGUGAAUGCUUCAGGCUAAAUCCCCAGCAAGGAUUUAACUUGGUGGGUAUUGCUUUAUAUUUUUAAUAUUUAAAAACAAUUUAAAAUCUGCCCCCAAAAUGGACAGAAACCUGAGCCAAUCUCUCAAUCCACGCAGAUCUUUCCAAACCAGUUUUGGAUUCUUAUGAUCCUCUGUUUUGCCUUUUCCAUUGAAAUCGACUCAAUAAAACUAGACGUGGGAUAAAAAUGCUUGCUUUCUCCUAGCAAAGAAAUGGAAUCAAAGCAGGUAGUUUAGCAAAAAGAGCAUCUCUGGGCAUCUUUGGGGGCCAAUUUCACGACAACCUUAUUUUAUAUAGGAGUAAAAAAAAGGGGGGGGCCCUAUAAAUAUGCUAUAUUAUAUUAUAUAUGUAUAUAUAUAUAUGUAUAAAUAUAUUUGUGUGUCCCCUGGUGUUGGGGUUUUGAUUGUUUUAGUGCAUCGAGGGGUUUUGUUCUGUUCAUUGCAUUGUAAAUACGUGUUCAUUUCGAUUUAAUAUAAUAUUUAAAGUUGAGUUCACUGGAUUAUUUUCUAUUCCCUUCUUUCCCCCCAAAAAAGAGUCCAGCUCUUCAAAUAAUGAUAAAUACAAUUUUUCCUCCCUUUGUCUCUCUUCCUUUUUGUGUAGAAACAGUUGCUUUUGAAAGGUAUUCUUUUUUUAAAAUAUGAAUAAUUUAUUAUUUUGUUUGUCUGUUUAUUUGGAUUUAAUGGAACUUUUAUGGGGAAAAAUAGGGCUUUUUUUAAAAAAAGGACCUGAUGCUUUUGAGCGAAAACCAGGCGCUUUUCCUCCUCUUUUUGUAAAAUAGGUUUCCAACCUAAAAACCCAAAACCAAGGCUUUGCAAUGUCUGCCUCCCUUUCCUUUGUGUCUGAUGUGGUCUUCACUUUUGUACUCAUUCUUGGAAAAUAAUGAUGAUAAUGAUAAUGAUGAUGAUAAUAAUAAAAUAAAUCAGUGCUGUUCAUUUCUCCUUUAAAAAGAAAUACCCCAAAGCCGCAUGUCUGUGUGAAUUUUGUACAGAAGGAUUGCAAUAGAUG